AACGCGCAGAGGUACCCGGCAACCGUAGAGCAGAGUCAGCAUGGCAAACAUCCCGUUCUGCGUUACACCAUCCCAGGAGGGCCAUUAUGCUACACCUUUGAGCAUCUUCGAACGAAUGCCACUUACCAAGUCUACAGAUGCACCGGUUGCCGGCUGGCCGUGGACAGCAGGAACACCAUGAUCGCUAUCAUCGAUAACCAAUUCGUUGGAGACCCGCGCGCACUUCCCCAUUCGUGUAUACCAGCAAAGACAGCUCAAGAUAAAGUCGAAAGGCUCGUGUACAAGGAAUGUAAGAAGCUUCGAGAGGUUAGAAGGGGACCGAAGACCAGGACUAGAGUAGCUUGGCAAGAUAUGGAAGAUCAUAUUGUGGAUGAAGAAGGGAGAGACGAGGCAGAGAAAGACGACAUGCUGCACUACUUCCAUAGGGACGGAUUUACUUCGCGACAGAGGACGAUAAGGAGAGCCAUCCGAUCCACCGAAGACCCGAGCUGCACGAUGGACCAUAUCCCAGAUAGACACUCCCAGCUCACGGAUGGAUCAAGAUUCCUCCAGUUCCAGAACCCAGAGUUACACAUGUACUACUCCACGAAGACCAUCGGGAUGGCGCAGCGCCAUGGGCUGUACGCAUUGGUAGCUGAUGGUGUGCAUGAUUUGCAACCUGACGCUACCAAUCAGAUUGGACAACUCUAUACAGUCCAUGGCGUUUGCAAUGACACGAUGGACGUGCCAUUAUUGUAUGCCAUCACCACGAAGAAGAAUGUGAGAACAUAUGAGCUAAUCUUCGCCCAGCUGAAGGAAGAGAUGGAAAGGGCAGGUCCCGUAAGACGACUCAGAAUUCUUCAGUGGAAGGCUGCGCGUUCCAUCUCGCACUCGCUUGGAAUAGGAAGAAAGAUUCGCUUGGGUUGA